AUGUCAUCCCCACCCAAGUUUAUCUCCAUAAUCAAACCAUCAACAUUCCGAACCUUACAAAAAGCAACUACUACAAGUUCCUCCCCAUACCGAACAAUCCCCGUCGAUGCCACCUGGUUCAUGCCCAAUAACUCACGCAAUGCCUAUGCUGAAUUCCAAAAGGAUACCCACUUGCCACCCACAGCCAAGUUUUUUGACGUAGAUAAAUGGAGUAGAGACUCCCCCUACCCACACAUGUUACCAACUCAACUGAUUAUGAAUGAAGCAUUUCUGGAAUUGGGUAUUCAUCCACUGGAUAAUUUAGUUGUGUUUGAUCGUGUGGGAAAUUUCUCGGCUCCUAGAGUUGCAUUUACUUUGAAGUUGGCUGGGCAUGGUAAAAUUUAUUUGUUGGAUAACUAUCCCAAUUAUUUGAAAUUUGAUUUCCCAAAAGAAGAAAAAGGAGGGCAAGAUGUUAAGCUUGCUUUGGAUGGAAAAGAUAAUGGUGAUGUUGAUGUCGCUGGAGAAGUGAAUGAAGUCCAUCUGCCUCAUCCGUAUGAAGAGAUAUAUGAUCGAGAAGUAAUCGAAUACGAAGAAUUAGUAACUCACAUUGAAAACAAUGAUAUUACAAACUACUUGAUUCUUGACGCUAGAUCACCAGAAAGAUUCACUGGUGCUGCGCCUGAACCACGGCCGGGUUUAAGUUCAGGUCAUAUCCCCACUGCUAAGAACUUGCCGUUUACAAAGUUACUCAAUGCUGAUGCAAAUAAUGAAUACAAGACCCGAUCUGAAAUAGAAUCCGUAUUAACUAAUGAAUUGGGAAUUGAUUUGGAAAAGUUGGGUCAAAAUGAGUAUUACCCAGAUGGAGUAAUUGUCAUGUGUGGAACUGGGGUUACUGCAUGUAUAUUGAAAUUAGCAUUGGAAAAUAUUGUUAAGGUAAAAGUACCAGUUAAAUUAUAUGAUGGAUCAUGGACUGAGUGGGCAAUGAGAGCACCUGAUAAAUAUAUAGUCAAAGAUGUAUGA